AAAGCGGUGCUGCAGUCAAACAAACCAUCCUGGAAAUUGCAGAUUUUCUGUAUUAAAACUUGCUCAACAACAUUGAGAAGAUGAAUCUGUCACUAACGGGCAUGCCUCUGACAACUAAGAACCAACUGACGAUCACAGGUGUUCCCGACCUUAACGCCAAGAGGUUCACCAUCAAUAUUGGCCUCGGGGAGCAAGACUAUGCCCUGCAUUUUGAUGUCCGCUUCGACCACCAAGGGGACCAUCGCACCAUCGUCUUAAACUCCAAGCACAAUGGCAAGUUUAACUCUGAGAAGAAGGAAAAACACUUCUUCUUUCAGGAGACCAGGGAAUUCAAGGUAACAAUCACCUUCACCCAUGAUGAAUUUCAGGUUAAAAUCCCUGAUGACUACCCUGUAUCAUUCCCCAAUAGUUUUGGUGAGGAUGAGUUCAAAUUCAUCCAAGUACACGGGGAUCUCAGAAUCAAGAGCUUCAACAUUGAUUAAGCAAGUCUACAGGCACUGGAUCUGCCCUGUCCGGCUGCUGAUUGGCUGUGAUCUGUGCCCUAUCCUCUGUGAAACUUCACCAUGAUGCUUAUUUUUAACCCCGCUAAUGCAGUAGUGACUGUACCAUGUGUUCCUUCUUGCUAUAUGCCUCUGUUUGCACAAACAGUGUGAACCUGCACAACUUCCCCAGCUGGUCUUCUGAAGAUAUUUUAAAGUGCAAAUAUGAAAAUAUCUUGACAUUUUAGAAGUUUCAAUAAAUCACUGCAUUUUGCACUGCUUUCAUUCUUGAA